UCAGAGACUGCAAUAGGUUUCACCAGUGAACGUGUGCUUGUAAAGAUUACAGGUCAUUUUGUUGUUGGCAAAAAGUUUCACUGAUGCUUGUAGCGUGAAGGAAUGCUAGAGUACAUGGUUUUAGUAAAUAGCCAAGCUGCUGAAGACAACAUGUUGAGAAUUUCCAGAAUUUUGGGAGAUGAAAAAUGUGAUAGUUACUUACUUUUUUAUGCUGAAACUGUGUUUGGGAAUGGGUUACGGGCCUUCUUAUAUUUUCUUGGCCUUGCAUACUGCUUCAUUGGGUUGUCAGCUAUAACUGCUCAUUUCUUCCGAGCAAUGGAGAAUGUUGUGAAACAAACACGUACAGUUAGUAAUACUGAAAUUAUUAGACAAGAAAAGGUGUGGAAUUAUACUAUUGCAGACAUUACCCUGCUUGCCUUCGGGACCAGCUUCCCUCAAAUUUCUUUAGCUACUAUUGAUGCUAUUCGAAACAUUGGCAACCUGUAUGCUGGAGGUUUGGGCCCCGGAACUCUUGUGGGUUCGGCUGCAUUCGACCUUUUUCCCAUCCAUGCUGUUUGUGUUGUAGUUCCAAAAGCGGGGGAGUUGAAAAAAAUAUCUGAUAUAGGUGUUUGGCUGGUGGAGCUUUUUUGGUCCUUCUGGGCUUAUGCUUGGCUGUACAUAAUUUUAGAGGUGUGGACACCAAACGUGGUUACACUUUGGGAGGCCUUACUGACGGUCUUGAUGUAUGGACUACUGCUUAUUCAUGCAUAUGCUCAAGACAAACGCUGGCCUUAUAUAUCUCUGCCCUUAACAAGAAGUGAGAGGCCGUGGGACUGGGUGCCGGCAGAGGUUGCCUCAGUUGAAUGUGAGGGUGUUGCCUUUGAUGGGUAUUCUGAGAUACCUCCAGGUGAAGAAGAUGAAAACAAGGAAAUUGUUGAUAUUUUUUCCAUUCAUUCAGAAAAUCGAGAAGGCUCUUCUUAUCAAAAGGUGCCUGCAGCAGAAGAUUUAAUCGUAAACUCUAACAGACCCUUUCAGAAGGAGACCAAUUUAGAAAAUCUUCAUGUGCUUGAACUUUGGAAAAGACAGUUCGUGGAUGCACUUACAUUGGAAAGCCCUGAAUCAAUGAAACUAAACAAUAUCCAUCUUCGGCUACCUAGAAUAUUUUGGCAGUCACUACUUGCACCAUGGAGACUUCUGUUUGCCUUUGUACCUCCUCAUCACAUUGCUCAUGGAUGGAUUACCUUCAUUUGCUCCCUAGUUUUCAUCAGUGGGAUAGCUUACAUUGUAACAAAGCUGACUGAUCUUCUAAGUUGUGUCACAGGGAUAAAUGCUUAUGUCAUAGCAUUUACGGCAUUAGCAGCUGGAACUUCAUGGCCAGAUUUAGUAGCAAGUAAGAUUGCUGCUGAACGUCAGAUAACAGCUGACUCUGCUAUUGCAAAUAUUACUUGCAGUAAUUCAGUGAAUAUUUAUGUGGGCAUUGGUGUUCCGUGGCUGAUAGAUACUGUAUACAAUUUCAUUGCAUAUAGAGAACCGUUGCGGGUAGAAAAUGCAGAGGGACUCAGCUUCUCUCUGCUUGUAUUCUUCUUUACCUCCGUAGGCUGUAUUUCGGUUUUGGUGGUUAGGCGCCUGAUUCUAGGUGCGGAGCUCGGCGGCCCUAGGUUUUGGGCCUGGGUUACUAGUGCAUUCUUCAUGUUGCUCUGGCUUAUAUUUGUUGUGCUAUCUUCCCUUAGAGUUUCUGGCAUCAUAUGAUACGAGACUCGUAUUCAUUUCUACCCAAAAAAAAAAAUAAAAAUUUGUAGCAGUACUAGUCUUUUCAUCG